AUGGCGACUGGCGCUCAGGAUCAGGAUGUUACCCAUCCUCCUCCAUCAGAAACCUCACCAUUGCUGGGUGACAGAGCGACUGCAGAGAAUGGGGUUUCUUCGGGUGAAAGUGAAGCGAAUGUUACCGACCUCCCUCUGAUAGAGGAAGCCAGCUUCGGUGAGCUCUUGACUAUACUGAUGAGUACCUGGGUCGGUGUGUUUUUUGCAGCUCUUGAUGGCACGAUUGUUGCGACUAUCUCGGCUCAGAUAUCUUCCUCGUUCAAUUCACUGUCACUGAUAUCAUGGCUUGCCACGGCGUACCUGGUCUCGAGCUCUGCCUGUCAGCCGAUCAGUGGCAAGCUCACCGACAUCUUUUCUCGCCGAACAGGCCUAGUUAUAUCCAACAUUCUCUUUGGAGUUGGUAAUCUGAUUUGUGGCCUUGCUACAGAAGAAUGGGUCAUGAUCUUUGGACGGACCAUCGCCGGAAUGGGCGGAGGAGGGCUGACGGCCAUAUCUACAUUCCUUACCUCUGACCUCGUACCUCUGCGCAAGCGAGGUAUCUGGCAAGGCAUUGGAAACAUUUGUUUUGGAAUUGGGAGUGGUCUCGGUGGUAUAUUCGGUGGAUAUGUGAAUGACAACUGGGGGUGGCGGUGGGCAUUCCUUAUCCAGGUGCCCUUUGUUGCUGUCUCCGCUAUCCUAGUGUCGAUAUAUGUCAAUGUACCCGUCAGAGUGACGGACACCUCUCGGUGGAAGAGAAUUGACUUCCUCGGUGCUGGGACAUUAGUCUGCGCCCUCGUUCUCUUCUUACUUGGACUUAACUCUGGCGGGAAUCAGGUGGCAUGGACGCACCCCUUGGUGCUCACAACAAUUCCGCUCUCGGUUGUGCUGCUCAUUGCCUUUAUCUACAUCGAAGAUAGAGUUGCGGCUGAGCCGAUUAUCCCUAUCCGCCUCCUUAUGGACCGCACUGUUCUAUCCUGCUGCUUGACCAACUGGUUUGUCACAAUGGCUGUAUUCGCCCUCUUUAUCUAUAUACCCGUCUUCCUCCAAGUACAGGGCUACACCACUACAUUGGCUGGAACUCGCUUGGUUGCACAGGCCUUUGGUACCUCCGUCGGCUCCCUAGGAUCCGGAUACCUGAUGCGGAUGACUGGGCGCUACCUCUACUUCAACUACGGCUCCGUCGUCUUGAUUGUCAUCGGAAUAGGAUUGAUAUGCACCGUCGAUCUCGCAACGCCGGCUGUUCCGCCUUUUAUCUACCUGUUUAUAUCAGGCUUAGGAUACGGCGGCAUGCUUACCUCCACUCUUGUGGCCAUCAUUGCUGCCGUGGACCAUGAACAUCAGGCCGUAGUUACUUCUGCCUCUUACGCCUUCCGCAGCACUGGCAGUUCGAUCGGUAUAUCUGUCGCUUCGGCCGUGUUCCAAAAUCUUCUCCGAUCAGGCCUCUGGUCUCGUCUUGGACACUUUGGCGAUGCUGAAAAGAUUAUCCGGAAAGUCACAGAGCGGUUCGGGGAGAUUCGCAACCUCCCUCCCAACAUAGCUGCGAUUGUUCGCGACUGCUACAUGGGCUCACUCCAAGCAGCCUUCUUGACUGCACUGGGACUGGCUGCCAUGGGCGCCCUGGCAAGUUUGGCCAUGAGAGAGCACAAGCUGCAUAUGAACCUGGCCAGAAAGGAUUAA